AUGGACUCCCUCUCUGAGUCGAGCGGCAGUCUGAGCCUUUCUGUCCCGGACGCGGAAUUUGACACCUAUGCCGCUGCCCGAGAGAAGAUGUUUGCUCGGCUAGAUGUGUAUCAAUCACUGAAUGCCGAAGACGAUACUGUUCGUUUCCUGAGUUCUGUCUUCCGAUUCCUUCCCAUCCAAGGCCAAGUCCACUUGGCCGACGAUGCAGAUAACUGCGAUAACGAUGACCGCUUGCGACAACUAGCAAAACACCUGGACACAGCUUUGCUUAGGCUGAUGAUGGUCACAGGUGAAAAUACGCCCGCGAUUACACCCUCCCCCCGUCUCGGGGUGGAGGACUCUAUUAAGAACCUACUGUCCCAGGACUUCGACUCGGCGACCCGGCGGCAGGGCGAGUUACGUCAAAUUUGCCUGCAACGCGAUAACCACCAGUGCGUAGUGACCAAAUUUUGGGACUUUGACUAUGCUAGUCGGCCGCCUGACGAGAUUACCACUGACCUUGAGGCCGCUCACAUCAUUCCAUUUGGCCUGGGAAAUUUUCAUGAGGAUGAACGAUUACGGCAUGCGCAAAUCUGGCACUGUCUGUACCGUUAUUUCCCGACUAUCCGUGACAUCUUUCACCACAGCAAUGAAGACGUUAAUCGCGUCGAUAAUGUGAUGAUGCUAGCUGCAUCCCUGCAUCGAGAUUUUGGUCGCUUCUCAUUCAUUCUGGAGGAGACUGAUGUGUUUGAGUUAUACCACGUGAAGGUCUUUUCUCAAUUUCGAAACUCCUUCCUCCGACCUCACAUGCCCGAGUUCACGGUAGUAGCAAGUCAUGACCCCCGGUAUCCCGCCCCUAACACGAAUCUCCUUGCCGUGCACGCAGCCAUUGGCAACAUUCUUCACGCGACAGGUUAUGGCGAACUGAUCGCGAAAACCAUAAAGCACCUCGGGGGCAGUGGCGGAUACGCUCUCGCAAAGGACGGAAGCACCAAUGUGGAAGAACUACUAUCUGUGACCAGUCUUCCUAUAAUGGCAAUGAACCCCAUCAACCUUUCGUAG